AUGACCUCCGCCCUCCUCUUUGGCGCCUCAGGCAUCUCCGGCUGGUCCGUGACGCGCGAACUCCUCCGGUACCCGACUCCAACCACAUUCUCCAAGAUCAUAGCGCUCUCGAAUCGGCCACUGGAUCCUGGUGCCGCACUGCUCGAUGAUGAGCGCUUGAACUUUGCGCAUGGUGUUGAUUUGACGAAGCCGGUGGAGGAGGUUGUCAGCAAGCUGAAGGAGGUUGGAGGGGAGGAUGUGGAGAGGGUUACGGAGGUGUUUUGGUAUGCAUACGUACACAAGCCAGACGACGGCGAUCUCGUAGCUACGAACGCUCAAAUCCUCGAUACGACUCUGCGCGCGCUGAAAGAGGUGUGUCCGAAGAUGCGACACUUCAUAUGGCAGACAGGCGCCAAAUACUACGGCGUCGAGUACCUCUCAUCCCAUCCCGACCUCGUUGCGCCUGCACCCUGGGAAGAAACCCAACCACGCCGUCCGGAGCCUUUAUACUCGAAGAUCUUCUACUACAAACAACUCGACAUCAUAGCCGAGUAUGCGAAAGACGCAUCAUGGUCCUACAACGACCUCCGCCCCGGCCCCAUCAUCGGCUACUCGCCCACACCCAACGCAAUGAACCUAGCCCUCUCUGUUGGCGUCUACUUGUCCAUUUACCGCGCCAUUCAUGGGCUAGGCGCCACCGUGCCGUUACCUGCGUCGCUCGCAGGAGCGCAGGCGGUGAACUCGGAAAGUCCGGCGGACGAUAUCGCUCGGGUCAGCAUCUUCUUGGCGCUAAAGUCGGAUUCGGCGCUCAAGGGGAAGUCUUUCAAUGUCGCGGAUGAGGACAGCACGUACGAGCGACGGUGGCCUGGACUGGCGAAGGCGUGGGGUCUUGUUGGCGCCCCACCCGACACUCGCACGUCCGAAGAGGACCCUACCGCCCGUGCCAUCGAAUGGGCGCGCUCUCAGACCGACACCUGGCACGAGCUCAAAGAGAAGCACGGACUACGCAUUGAUCUCGAGCAGAUCGACUUCGACUUCUUCAGCGUACUCGGCAUGCCACAAGAUCGGCGGAUGAGUACGAAGGCGCUCAGAGAGGCAGGGUGGAACGGGGAGCCAACUGGGAUCGGUGCUUACGUCGAGGCGUGGACGCUUUGCCUAGUUUGGAAGGCGCUCAGGCUCAAGAUCGGGACAGGAAUGUCGGUCUGUUGGCAGUGGCGUAGAAUUGAUUGA